AUGCGCGCGUCCGGGGCUGUGCGGCCGGUACACGCGAGUUUCUUCGGGCUGGUGCUCCUGCUGCCCCUCGUGGUAGCGCUCAGAGAGGAAUUCAUAGCGAACCCUCUUCGUGGCCGCUAUGCCCGAAGCGCGUUUGCAGGACAGCGGAGGCCUGAGCAGAGACGGCCUCUUCGGUCCCUCCGCAGGGCUCUGGGAAGAGGCAGCUGUGCUCGUUGGUGGUGGUUCGGUGGUGCUGGAGAUGAGAGCGAAGAGGAAAUCAUGGUCUUUGUGCCGAUUCCUGCUGAUGCCGCAGUCGACGACGUUGUCGUGAAUAUCAGGCAGACAUCCUUGACAAUCGGCAUCAGAGGUGAGAAGCCCGUGCUGGACGGUCCUUUGUGGAAGGGCAUCAAGGCAUGCAGUGGGAUCGGAUUUGAUGAAGAUCUGGCUGCUAUCGUCACUGACGGCGGCGUCGGCAGUGGCGUCCUGCCUCCGACAGACGGGAAAGGUAUCAUGGCAAUGCGCGCAGUAAUCGAGGUGGCCGUGAGAAACUUCACUGAUGUACCACACACCGGACUCGAUGCUGCAAGCCUCACAGGUUUUCCGGGCUCCAGGCUUGAGGCGAUCCAACCAGCACCGCUGGCCUUCGACGAUCGUGGUCGAGUGUCAACGUUGCCCUGCCUCCGGGUGAUGGAGCUGAACCAGUCUUUUGAUAUGAAUGCCCGGUGUCCCCCCGAGUGUCCUUACAGUUCUUUAGCACCAGAUCUGGGCUUCUGCAGUGCUGCAUGUGUGCGCCCCUCAAGCUGUGCUGCUUUCAAUCCGGACGCACCGGUGGAAGAUGCCAGCCGGGGCAUUUGCCGCGGUGCCCAAGUGGACGGUUGCUUUCAGCCCAGCUUGGAUGGCACAGACAGAUGCAUCACCUGCGGAGCUUGGUAUGACCUCAGCCCUGACGGGCAGUGCAGAGCUCGCUACAUGUGGGCCGCCUGGACUGGCUUGUGUCUAGUUGGUGCCCUAGCCUGUGUUUUGGUCGCUUAUGUGGUGGAUCUUAACCUGCGUGCCAGCGUGAACCCUUCGGGCUUGGCAUGUGGCCUUGCCAGCAGAUCAAUACAGAAGUACCGCUCCGGCCCUCAACGAGACUUGUGGCCCUUGACCACGAACCUUUGUACGACACCUGUUGGGGGUCCUGGCCUGCUGCUCUACUUCAACUUCCUAGCAGCAGUGAUCGUUUGGUCUGCAGCUAUUGGGUUUGGAUGGCUGAUCAUGGCAUAUGUCGUAGACGCAGACUUGUUGAUAUUGGGACGGAAGGAGUACGGCACCCCGUACAGGAACUGUGUUUUGGUUGCCUGGGGCUUUGCGACGCAGCAGAGGCUGAUGUGGGCUAAACUGAGCUUCUUGCUUGGUGUUUACAUCGUGACCUUCUUGGCUUGCUUGUUGCACGGAGUUCGCCAGCGGUGCUUGUUCCAGCAGAGCGAUGUGAAGGACACAAUGAAGGCGUUCGCAGUCCUGGUGAAAGGCUUGCCGGAGCCCAAGUUGAAGCUGAACUAUCUGACUUGGUCAGUUCUUUGGCCGGCCACUAGCCGGCAUCCAGGCAUUCCACUUGUGAAGUGGUGCAAGUACAACGGCAAAGGCAAUUCCGCCUUCCGUUCGGUGUGCUGGGGGAGCCGCAAAACUCACCUAGCCGGCCUGGGUUUACGCAAUGCGGCGAUGGCUCUCUCUUGGCCCCGGUGUUGCAGAACACACACCUUGGAAGUGCGUGCUCUGCAGAGCUCCAGCCCGCUGUCGCAGCCAGCGUUGCCGGUCUCAAUCUCCCCGAGUUCUCCGAGUGCUGCCCCUUUGUCUCUGGAUGAGCUGGAGGAGCUUGCCCAACUGCAUGCAGCAUCCGAUGGCGAUGCCUGGCUGAUGUUGGUGGGCGGCGAGCACGGAGGCAGGAUGCGACCUGACUAUGAAGGCACGCGCCCUGGUCCGUACCUUGCUGGACACUGCUCGCUUCAAUGGGUAGGGCAAGUGUAUUCCAGAUUGCUGCCUUUUUUUGGGAAAGAUCGUGUAGUGGUAAUUGCCCAGCUGCAAGAGACGCUGCGGUGGCUGGCAGAAGCCAGCCGCAACGCAGAAACAGCAGAAAAGCUUGCGGGACGGUCAUCGCUUUUGCCCAUGCUGCAACAGCAGCUUAUCGAAACCACAGAGUCUUGCCGGGAACUCUUGUCCAAUGGUGGUGCUGACUACGAUGGCCCAGACGUCAACCCGGCAACCGUCUUGCGUGUGUUGAGAGGCGAUGUUGGGGAUGCCUCCAUGCCUGUUGUGCCCAAGCGCGGAGUGAAGUCUCUGCUGCUCAUUCUGAUUAGCCACGGUCACGCUCACCCCGCGGGACCGGAUACAAAGCACCACGAAUGGUACAUGCACCUACCGUACCCAGUUCCUGAUAGCGAGGCCUCGCUGUACGACGUGGUUUCUCAUGAGGGCUUCCGGGACGUGGAUCCUCAUCCAGACUGGGACUGGGGAGCUCCGAAACACCGCUGGCGCUUGUAUUCUCAGAUGCUGUUCCAAGCCUAUCAUGCCGUCCUGGAGCAGUCGCCGCAAAGACGGCUUGUGGUCUUCCACCAGUUCUGCUUGUCGGGGGGUGCUGUGGAGUUCAUGCGUCGUCCGAGCUACCGCCGCUAUUUCGGAACCCGCUUCUGGCCUGUCUUCUGCGUAUUUACCGCAGGAUGCUUUGAGCCGGCCUUGGGGAGUUUCGUGGGGAUCUGGAGCGAGGAGCUGCAGCGAGCGUUGCAGUCCGGAGGCUUUCAGAGCUUGCAGGAGCUUCAAAGCUUUGCAGAGAAGCGGUAUUGGGAGGACAACUCGGGUCUCAAGAAGGAGAACGACCGUAUACUUGCCUUGCGUGAGGACGUUCAGGAUGAGGCUAAGUUCCAAUGGCGCCAGACGCAAGACUCGCAAAUUUGUGUGCUGGAACUUCAGCAGCCAACAGGAGCAGGUGAAAGCUUUGCUGGACAAGAACCUUCCAAGCCCAGCGACAGCGACAGCGAGCCCGAGCCUGGAGAUGGAGAGUGGAGCCGCGCCUGCAAGAGGAUCAUCCGUUUUGGCCGUAUUCCUCUCUCCCUGUUCACCGACGGGGAGGAUGAUAAGGAGGAUGGCGGUGCCGGCAACAAGGAUGCUGUGGGAUGUUGGGGGCGAUUUCUGAGGGCCUUUCUCUGGGCCGAGAAGAUCUUCCUGAAGUGCUUGGAGGAGGAAGUGCAGACGGACCCCGUGCAGCAGCUGUUGCAGAAGGUGCCGUCAAGUGCAGAGGCCUUCGUCGUUUUUGAGACACGCUCAUCUCGUGACAUCGCUCUUGCGGCACUGCCGGAAACUGUUCAAUUCAGAGGCAGGGCUUACAGAGCAUCAGCCGCUCGUCACGAACCGCGGGGCAUCUACUGGCAAAACUACAGCCGAUCUUCCGUGCGCGCCAAGUGCUGGAAGAUCACGAAAGGCCUUUUCUGCAUUGCCGCUGGUUUGACCACGUGGGGAUGCAUUUUCUACCUGCCAUAUGUUUGGUCUGUCCUCACCUUCAACUACGAGGGUGGACGACAGCCCGGGCUCAUUUACAACCUCGGCUUUUCUGUGAUUGUCGUCGUGGGCAAUGCUUCCAUGUAUGAGAUCUGCGCAAGAGUUUCUGACAACGUCGGCUUCAAGUACAAAGAGACGCGGGAAGCUUGCUAUAUGAUCUUGUAUUUGGUUUCCGUAUCGCUCAACAUAAUUCUGGACCUCGUGAUGACCUACCAAAUGUCUUUCGCGGUCAUGGUUCACAUGGGCUUCCGCACGCACGAUGGCACCCCUUUGUCCAAGCUUCCGUACUUUGUCCAGCGCUUCGAGGCGUAUGCUAUUCAGCGUGCGAUGGGGCAGAAUUUGUACGAGUAUGCAUUCCCUUCAACAUUCCUGGUGCCAUUUGUUUGUGAGCCUCUCGUGACGAUUUAUGGCCUACUGCGUGUUGGCAUCUUGCUGGUGCGCUCCCAUCCCGAGAUGAGCCCCAUGCUCGCCACAGCAUUGCUUUCAGCCAACGACUUCGAAUUCGGCCGCUAUGCCGAUUCGCUCCUGAACAUUUCUCUCGCCGUGAUGAUGUUCUUCUUCCCAGGCGGCUACACGCACUGGAUCUUCUUGAUGCUAAGCCUCUGCCAGGCAGAAGUGGAUCAUGUAAAGCUGCUCCGCGUCCGGCUCUUGCUCACUCUUGCUCGCCGUGCUUCAGGAAAGCGGUCGCACACGGACGGAGGACCGAAGCCGAAGGCGGAGCUCCCAGAGCUCGCGGCUUUACAAACCCUGCCACCCGGUGCCAACGAUGCAGAGCUGCAGCAGGUGCUGCAUCCCUUCCUGGAGAGUUGGCGAAGGAAUCCCAGGUUCUGCACGGCCCUUCUCAGCCGACUCGCUAAGCAGAGGCAAGCGGACCUGGCGCAACAGGUACUCGGCACGAUGCGAAGCAGUGAUGUGAAGCUGAACGUGUACCACUGCAGCUCAGUGAUCAGUGCCCUGGAGAAGGUCAAUGAUUGGCAGGCUGCUUUGCAGCUGCUCGCCAAUAUGGUUGAUUGGCAUGUCCCACCGAACACUUUGAGUUACAACGCAUCGAUCAGUGCUUGCGAGAAGUGUGCGCAAUGGGAGCACGCAUUGUGGCUGCUGCAGAGCAUGCGGGCUGUUCAGGCAGAAGCGGAUGUCAUCAGCUACAACUCGUGCAUGAGUGCCUGCGGGAAGGCUUCUCGUUGGCGGGAUGCUGUGAACUUGUUGGAGGAGCUCGUUCAGAGAGAUUCUCCCGACGUCAUUAGCUUCAACGCUGCGAUCACUGCCUGUGAGAAGAGUGGACAGUGGAUGCAGGCACUGACGCUGUUGCAGGCCAUGCCGCCGAAUCAGCUUCCAAAUGUCACAACGUACAAUGCCACGAUCAGUGCGUGCGAGAAAGGUGGUUGUGCUGAGCAUGCCUUCUGCCUACUGGACGAGAUGAUGGAUCUGUCUCUGACACCGGACGUGAUCUCAUACAGUGCUGUCGUCAGUGCCUGUGAGAAGGACUGGCGCUGGCAAGAUGCGCUACAGGUGUUGACCGUCAUGGGUAUUCAGCAGAUUUUGCCGAACCUGAUCACCUUCAACGCCGCAAUAAGUAGCUGUGCCAAAGCCGGCCACUGGCUCGUUGCUUUGGAUCUGUUUGAUGGCAUGGCAGAAGCAGCGCUUCGGGCCGAUGUGAUCAGCUAUAACUCCCUAAUCAACGGCUUUUCCAUCGUGUCAAACUGGCAAUGUGCCCUGAAUUCGCUGGAAUGUAUGGAUCACCAGCGCCUCGCACCGACAGCGAUCACCGUAAAUGCGGCCAUGAGUGCCUGUGACAUGGGCGGCCAUGCAGCGCUGUCCAUCCGCAUCUACGAAAGCUGGUUUCAGGCAGUCGCUCCGAACGAGAUCUCUUACGCCGUGGCCACCAAGGCUUACGAGACCCUGGGCGAUUGGCCCAAGGCCACUGGAGUACUGACAGCUAUGAGGCAGUGCAAGAUUGAGCCGAGUAUUGUCUGCUAUGGUAGUGUCCUGCAAGCUUGUGCAACAGCAGCAGAGCAACUGCAAACGCGUGAGCUCCUGGAGGAUCUGUCAGGCCUAGCCGCGCAGCUCUGCAACAGAAUCGAGCGGGAAAAGGGAGCGACGUUGGCCGUUCCAGCAGAAGAUGUGAUGACUCGCGUUCAUAUGGACCUGAAAGAGGCGUACAUCUACUUGCUGGACCAUUGGCGCAUUCUGCGGGUAGUACCAGCCGCCACCUUCGCAUCCAUGCAGGUAGAUUGGUGGUGCCAGGCAAUGUUGGCACCGAGCUGUGGGUUGCUUGCAGCCUGCCUCGUCUUCAAGGGCAACUGCCAAGGUGUCGGGUACUGCAUGGAAGCGCAGCACCUGAUCCUCACUUGCAUAGCGGCUGGGGUGCUUCACACGGUCGUUCAUGUUCUUUUGCUGGUCUUCUUGGUUCCGUACUUGGCCAGUUCAAGCGCGCCGGUGAAGGCAGCCCUCCGGCCAUGCCGCUUUGAAGAUGUCGCGGCCGAGGAACCAUGCACCUGGUUCUCUGCCAACCCGGUCCAUUGCCUCCGCUCCAAGUACAUCCACGGCCACUCGCCGUGCAGCUUCUUCGUCCCCGGGCAGGAGCAGAUGGCGGCCAACGCCAAGGCCAAGGCCGAGGAUGCAAGCAGCUUUGAGAUGCAGAUCCCUGACCUCCCUCGCCUCCAAGGACUUCGAGAGAUGUUGCCUCAGAGCCUUUCUCGGAUUGUGUUCCGAAGCUGA